AGCUGCCAGGUACCGUCCUGAGUCAGAUGCUGCAGGACGAGGCCACGCUGACCGCAGCCGUGGAGAAAGCCCUCAGAGCCCUACAGCUGGCACAGGAGCCCAGCAAGGUAAGAUGUAAGGACGAAGAUGAUGUGUCCAUGUCGUCUGACUCUCUGGGGGAGCAGCUGUUUGAGCUGGUGGAUGUUUAUAACACUGGCCACUCACAGAAAAUCACAGGAAUGCUUCUGGAGCAGCGCAAAGAGGCAGUUAUAAACCUUCUUUCAGAUCCAAAACAGCUGGAAGAGCAGGUGAACUUUGCCCUGAAGACACUUAAAGAGCAGAACCUGGAGGAGACAGACAUCAGUGACUCGUCGGACACUGAUGACACGGAGAGGCUGGGAGAGAAGAUCUUCUCACUGGUGGAGGAGCUAGAUCCACGUCAUGCAAAUGAUAUUACAGGUAUGCUACUGGAGAUGGACCCAACUGCUCUCCAACAGCUGCUCAGUGACCACACAAUGCUGGAGGGUGCUGUUCAGAAAGCACAAGCAGCACUGGACACUUAAAAAUGAACUCUUUCUACUUGAACAGAAGAGGACAACAACAGUUUACGCACAGAAUAACACAUUAUACAUAUUUUAACACAUACUGACUUUUAAUGAACUUGGAUAACGUAAUGCUGGGAAGAGCUUAUACAUCACUACAGGAGAUCAUGGUAAUACAAGUUACCUAUUACAUAACCAGCUAUCUUUGAUUUAUACUGAUUGUUGAGUGGACUGUGGACAGUCAAAGUUUGAUCUACUGUAAAUGAGAGUCAAGUCAGCCUCUUCUUAACUGAAAUGAAUAUUGCCCCUUCCUAAUACGGGUGCUCACUUCACUGGUAUGUGAUUGUACAAAACAUCAGAAUCAUUGUUCCUUUAUGAAAAAGUUUACAGCAGGCUGUAAGAGAGGAUUUACAUGUAAGGCUACAAAAGAAGUGCUUAUCUAGGUGUUGUCAUGCUAUGACAAUUUAUUUGAUUUUCUGUACUGAAAUAUUGAUCAUACUGCUCAUAUUGAUGUAACUGUAAGUUGAUGUAAUGCCUUUGCUAACACAAAAUACAGCAGAUUAUAUCUAAACUAAGGAAGCA